CACACACACACACACACACAUCUGCUUUCAAAUUAAAAACAUUUGAAGCUCGCUUUAUUUUUAUGUAAUGACUAUUGGAGAUGUCGACAACUCUGCAGUAGAUGACUAUUAAGUUUAAACAUCUGAGUGUUUUACUGAAGCGUGCGUGUUCGUGUGGUUUGCGCAUGCGCGCGCUACUGUCAGACUCACCGGACUCGGAAUAUUUACAUGCCUCCGUUAUUGAUGGAAUGAAGAGAUUUCAGAGGUUUGUUGUUUGAACUCAUUGGAUUUUCAUGUUGGUGUUCAAGCGUCUAUUUAUAGAAGCCGUGGUUUAAGAAACUCUGAUGAUGUCAUGCGGUCAACUCGUGCUGCUGUCAAUCAUCUUCUGACCCCACCCACAUCCCCUUCUACUAUGAGCAGCGUCUCUUUGACCCGUGAGAGGCGGAGUUUUGAGAAAGAGGGUGGGGCAGUUGCUUCCCCUCCCUCAUUACAUGGCCACGCCCCCCAAAACAACCUGCCUCGAGCUCCUCCCCUUCCCCCGCUCCUGCCUGUGGGAAACCCAGCAGAGAGGAAGAGGAGGGUGAGGAGUUUCUACUGGAAACCGAUUCCUGAAGAUCGCGUGAAGCAGCAGGACGGGCCGAACCUGUGGAGCCUCGGCGGGAGCAGCAGGGGUCCGCUCAUCAUCGACAUCAGAGCCAUAGAAGAGCUGUUUGGACAAGAGGACACGCUGUCAUCCACUGCAACCAGCGGCACGAUCGGACGAAGACACCCUUCUGUGAAAGACCUCAGACCGCAGAUCACCAUCCUGGACUCCAAAAGAAGCUUGCAUAUCUCCAUUUUUCUGAAACACUUCAAAAAGUCCAGCGAGAGUCUUCUGGAGGAUAUUCUUCAUGGAAACACGAGCGUCCUCAGUGCAGAGUCUCUCAGAGAGCUGUUGAAGCUCCUGCCGGAGGAGCACGAGGUGAAGAAUCUUCAGAUGUUCAAUGGGAACCCUAAAGUCUUGGCUCCGCCUGAUGCUUUUAUACACAAACUCAUCCAUUUACCCAGGUACGAGAUCCGUCUCGAGGCUCUGCUGUUAAAGGAAGAGUUUUUCCCUUCGUAUACCGUCAUGAAACACGACACGGCCGUCAUCCUGAGCGCCAUUAAAGAGCUGUUGAGCUGUGAGGAGCUUCACAAUGUCCUUCAUUUAGUGCUGCAGGCUGGAAACAUCAUGAAUGCUGGUGGAUGUGCUGGUAAUGCUGUGGGCUUCAGACUCUCCUCUCUGCUGUCAUUAGCUGAUACUAAAGCCAACAAACCUGGAAUCAACCUGCUGCACUUUGUUGCUCUGGAAGCUCAGAAGAAAGAUCUGCUCAUAUUUCCAGAAAAACUUCUGCAUGUUCAGCAAUCAGCGCGUGUGUGUGUUGACAGCAUCCAUGAAGAGUUUGACGCUCUUACCAGAAGAGUUCAUCAGUUACAGCAGAAUAUCCACACAGAUGAUGAACUCCUGACACAGCUGCAGACCUUCCUACAGAGCGCCACUGAAGCUCUGGAGGACUUGAGGACCAGUAUUGAUGAGGUUCAGAAGGAAGGAGACGCUCUGAUCAAUUUCUUCUGUGAGGACAGAGACGUCUUCAAACUGGACGAGUGCUUCCGAAUUUUCCAGAAUUUCUGCUCUAAAUUUAAAAAAGCUGUUCAGGAGAACGUGGAGCGAGGAAUGUGGGAGGAGUCUCGGCGCAAGCGUCUGAAGGAGUCGGAGGAUAAGCGGCACUCGUGGGCUGGGCAUGAGAGUGUGGGCGGAGUCUCUGGCUUACGGUCCAAUAGCGAAGCAGAUGUGGCAGCGUCAUUAAAAAGGGAGGGGCUUGUGGAGCUGCUCGAGACGAGCCCUCCCAGUCCACAACACUCACCACAACAGAAGAGCGUGACCUUUGACCUCUGUGGAGCAGAUACACUCGUACUUCCUCCAAUACACUCACUCUCCAUCACAGACACGACAGAGGAGCCGGAGAUCCAAAAUAAGACUCUUUCCAUACAGGAAUCGCAGAGCAACGACCAUCAAAUGCAAAGUCAGGAAACAUCGGCAAAUGAAGAAGUGACUCCAGAUGUGACCUUUGACCCUUCACAAAUCAGUUUAGUAGUAGAAUCCAAGGUUAUUAAGGAUGAAUCACAGAGCAAAACUAAAGAUAAUGUCCAACCUAUGAAGGAGUCGCCCAAAACCAGCACUGGAGCGAAACAAACAAUCAGCAAACGAACCUUCAGUUCUAAAAACAGAGCAUCUAUUCCUGCGAAAUCGCCUUCAUCUUCUAUUAAACCAUCAUCAUCAUCUCCUAAAUGUGUGAGCUCCUCUGACACCGCGAGUUUGAGGAAGCUUGUUCCUCUCCGGCAGCCCAGUAGUUCUGCUGCGCCGAUUCAAGAGCGACCCGGACGAAACGUCCUCAACAUCCCCAACGUCCCAAAGAAGACACAAGCAGUUCGACCAAAGGAGAAGAUGUGUCGCACUACACUCCACGUCGUCGACCGUCCCAAUUCGACAAUCAAAUCACCCAGCUUCGUUCGCAACACCAUGGCGUCAACAACGCGCCACGCCACCGCUCCUGGAAAUCAGCCUAAACCGGCUCCGCUGACCCGCGCGGCAUCACUCAGGCUCUCUCAGGUCCAUAAGCUGCAGCAGACGCCUACAGGAAUUGCUCACCCGUUGCCCCCCGCUGGACAGCAGAGGAAAAGCAGCAGCAGCACCGCCUCUGAAAACUUGGCGCUUACUCGCGGUUCACGUGAUAAAAAUGUCAAACCCACCUGGAGGUAGAGAGAUAGAAGUAUUGUUCAAAUGUUUGGGGUUUUUAAAUGUUUUUGAAAGAAGCCUUUUCUGCCCACCAAUGUUGCAUUUAUUUGAUCAAAAAUACAGUAAAAUUGUGAAAUAUUAUUAGAAUGUAAAACAGCUGUUUUCUAUGUGAAUAUCUGUUAAACUGUAAUUUUUUUCUUUGAUGCGCAGCUGAAUUUUCAGCAUCAUUACUCCAGUCUUCAGCGUCACAUGAUCCUACAGAAAUCAUUCUAAUAUGCUGAUUUGCUGCUCACGAAACCAUUAUCAAUCAUUAUCAAUGUUGCGCCACACAAUAUUUUUGUGGAAAUACAUUUUUGUGGUCAUACAUUUUAUUUCUCAGGAUUCACAGUGAAUAAAAAGUUCCAAAGAACAGCAUUUAUUUGAAAUAGAAAUCCACUGUAACAUUAUAAAUGCCUUUACAGUCCCUUUUGAUCGAAUGAAUGCAGCCUUGAUAAAUAUAAGUAUUAAUUUCUUUCAAAAAAUUAAAAUAAAAUCUUACUGACCACAAAUGUCUGAAUAGUAGCGUAAUUAGCAAUCAUAUUUUGUUCAGUUUUAAAGAAGGCUUAUAUAUUUCCUGUAAAUAUUGUGUAAUUUAAAAUAAGCAUGUUUUUUUUCUUUAUAUAUAAUUUUGCUUUUAAUUACUGAUUACCACUUAGAUUGCAUUGAAAAAUUGUACAUUGGACUUUUUUAAACUUGUGAACAAAAUGGGACAAUAUAAGUGAUGUAUAUAGCCUGUGUUGUCAUCUUUAUUAAUAAACUGGACAUCUAUUAGCUUUA